CUCCACGCCAUGUGCUGUGUGCUACGCUUCUUGCCCCAGAAUGUUGGGCCAUCUGACACACCCGGCUUGACCCAGGUUCAGGUUUUGUCUCGCGCGUCUCGGCCAGCCGAUGGAAUUGACCCACGGCUUCCUUCCAUGUCAGCCAUCCGGGCUGCAUGGCAUCCCUCCAAUCCUCGCCAUAGGACAGAUACCCUUAGCUUCUUGGGGCUAAACCACAUAUGCGUCCUCGCUCCGCCAGGGUUCAGGCGACGCCGCAACAGAAUGUAUUAAUUUUUCUGUUGCGCUAAUCACCUCGUCUACCAUAAUGGGUGGAGACCCUCUUCUCUCUCUCCCCCCUCCAUGGAAGGACAAGUCGGGUCGGAACAGCGCGCCCUAAGGUGUAGCGGUUGAAACCGGUCGUGAUGGCUUGUCUUUCGCUUGUCCAGGUUAUGGCGGAUGCUUGGUUGGGCCACUUACGUAGUGGCGAGCAUUCAAUUUAAUUUAUUUUUUUUUUCUCUCUAUCUUCGUCUCUCGUGGCCCCAUCCACUUCUCGCGCGCGCGUGGGUGAUGCUCUCCAGGCAGGACCCAGCAGUUUAAAUUCCCCGUCUUUUCCCCAGUUUUCUCCUCUGUUCGUUCGUUCCCCUGAUCGGUGGUGUCCCCUUCUUCCCUUUCCUAGAUAGACGGUGCUCAACACUCUCCCCCGUGUGUGGAGUCUAUCUUCCAUCAUGCAGAAGAUCGGC